AAUAGUAUGUACAUCAUAUAUGUAUGGACACACUUCUCACUCUUAGCUACUUUGAUCGGUCUCCCCUUCUUUCCACUACAAGUUGAUCAAUUUCUGAUGGCUGAAGCCCUUAUUUCCGUUGUCCUAGAACAAUUGGCUUCAAUCACCCGUCAACAGGUACAGCAACAAGUGAAAUUGGUAGUUGAUGUUAAGAAAGAAGUUGCAAAUCUCAGAGACAAUUUCCGAGCUAUAAAAGCCGUGCUCAAAGAUGCAGAGGAGAGGCAAGUGAAGGAGGAUUCCGUCAAACUAUGGCUGGAUAAUAUAAGGGACGUGUCCAACGAGAUGGAGGACGUGUUGGAUGAUUGGAACACUGAAAUUCUGAAGCUACAAAUUGAGAAACAAGAGAAAGAAGAUGGAAAUGCUCUUGAUACGACUAAGAAGAAGGUAUGUCUAUGCAUUCCUACUGCUUUCUUUUGUUCUGGCCAAGUUACUCGAUUUAUUUCUCGUCGCGACAUUGCUCAAAAGAUUAAAGAUCUCAAUGAAAGGUUAGCAAAAAUUGCUAAUAUGAGGCAAAAUUUUAACUUUCAGUAUCCAAAAAGUGGUACUGAACUUAUUGAGCGACAAAAGACUACUUCUUUUGUCGAUCAAACAUUUGGUCGGGUAGAUGAAAAAGAAUUAUUAGUGGACAUGUUGUUGAGUGAAAGUAAUCCUGAAGGGCAAAGCCCCAUUGUCAUCCCUAUUGUAGGGAUGGGUGGAAUCGGUAAAACAACCCUUUCUCAACUAGCAUAUAAUGAUAAAAGAGUCCAGGAAAAUUUCAAAGAUAGAAUAUGGGUUUGUGUCUCAGAUCCAUUUGAUGAGCUCAACAUAGCCAAAACCAUCCUUGCACGCCUUGGUGGAAAUGUCAAUUCCAUUUCGAGUGACCUAGAUGCUUUCUUCGAAUGUCUGCAGAAGUCUAUUGAGGGGAAAAAGUUUCUCCUCGUCUUAGAUGAUGUGUGGAACCAAGACUAUAUGAAGUGGGCAAACUUGAAGCUACAUUUACAGAAAGGUGUUGUAGGUAGUAAAAUAAUUGUCACUACACGAAAAGAAGAAGUAGCCACGAUGAUGGGAGCACCUGAUAACACGAUCAAUUUGAAGGUGUUGAGUGACGAAAAUUGUUGGUCAUUGUUCGCUGGAAUUGCCUUUACCAAUAGAAACCAAGAUGAGUGUCAAAUUUUGGAACCUAUUGGUAGGGAAAUUGUAAAGAAGUGCAAAGGGUUGCCUCUUGUUGCCAAGACUUUAGGUGGUCUCAUGCGUUGUAAGAAAGCAAAGAAAGAAUGGCAAGAUGUUUUGAGUAGUGAGAUAUGGGAGUUAGACACAAUGGAGCAACAAGUUUUCCAACCGCUAUUACUAAGUUAUUAUGAUUUAACUCCAAUGAUCCAACGUUGUCUAUUAUAUUGUGUCACUUUCCCAAAAGACCUUUUAAUUAAGAAAAAAGUUUUGAUUGAGUUGUGGAUGUCGCAAGGUUUUCUUGGUUCAGUUGAGAACAAAAAAAAGACAAUAAUAGACGUUGGAGAAUCAUAUUUUGAUAACUUGGUAAUGCGAUCUUUCUUCCAGAAUUUCAAACAAGAUAAAUUUGGAGAUAUUAAACAGUGCCAAAUGCAUAAUAUUGUGCACGACUUUCUCCAAUAUUUAACCAAGAAUGAAUGCUUAAUCGUUGAGGUCAAAGGUGGUGAGAAGAGAAUAGAAUUACCAGCAGACAAUAAGCUUGGUCAUUUGACCAUAACGUUUGCACCCAAGGGACCUUUUCCCGUUUCUUUAGACCAUUGCCAACGUCUGCGGACCAUUACAACAUUUGAUUGUAAAAUUACAAGUCUCAGCCGAGAGUUGAUUUUACAAUUAAAAUGCGUGAGGACGUUGAAUUUGAGUGACAAUUUGAUCGAAGAAGUUCCGGACGAGGUUGGCGUGUUGGUGCACUUGAGGUAUUUGGAUUUAUCGGAUAAUUGGAGGCUGAAGAAAUUACCUGAUAGUUUGUGUAAUUUAGUCAAUUUGCAAACCUUGCGAGUUGAUGAGUGCCAUGGCCUUAAAAAGUUACCCGAGGCCAUGGGAAAGUUGACCAGCUUGCAGCAUCUUCAUGCUAAGAUUGGUAGGUGGCCACCGCUGAAGUUGCCCAAAUCAAUUGCGAGGUUGAAAAGUCUACGGACGCUAGAUCUGGAUGUUAUUAUUGGAGAUGAAGAAGGUGAAGGUGAAGGUGAAGGUGAAGGUAGUAGAGAUGAAGAAGGAUUCAGAUUAAGUGAUUUGAGAGACAUGGACGAGCUUCAGGGGAAGCUUAGGAUUGAAUUGGUGGGCAAAUUGAAAGAUAGUGCUGCGAGUGAUGCGGAGAAAGCCAAAUUGGUGAACAAGAAACACCUUCUUCAUUUGGGACUAGGGUUUCCCUGCGAGAGCGAGAGUGAGGGCAACCAGAGUACCAUCGAGGAAGCAGUAUUGAAUGCCUUACAGCCAAAUUCAAAUCUUGAAUCCUUAUGGAUCGAAGGUUACGAUGGCAGCACCCUGUACCCCAAUUGGACCUCCUCUUUAAUAAACUUGAAAAGCCUGACCUUCUCUCGGUGCAAUGUUUGUAACCAUGUGCCUCUUUCGGUUUUGGGCUACUUGGGGUCCCUUGAGACACUCACAUUUCAACACAUGGAAAAAGUGAAAAAGGUUGGAUUUGAGUACUCACUUGAUCAUCAAGUUAUAUUGUUCCCCAAUCUGAAACAACUCGAGUUCUCUUUCAUGGGUGAGUGGGAAGAAUGCGAUGAUGAUGAGAAUGAUGCUACUUCAUCGUCACCAACUUGUUUCAUGCCACGCCUUUCUACUUUAUCCAUCGAGUACUGCUUUAAGCUGAAGACACUGCCAGACUUCCUUCCAAGGAAGACACCGCUGCUUCAGAAUUUGAUCAUCAACGGUUGUUUCAUUCUCUCCGAAAGUUGCAAAGACAGGCAAGGCCCGGAAUGGUCCAAGAUUUCUCACAUCCCAAACAUCGCAAUUGAUGGCAAAAUUGUACAAAAAGAUGGAGUUUGGAUCAUACAAGAGGAAGAAAGUGAUGAAGAAAUUGAUUCAAAUUGAUCGAACAAGAUUUCUCACAUCCAAAUUGAUGAAGAAAUUGAUCAACAACGCCAUCCAUCCAAUUCCUUGCAGCUGAAGAUUUUUGCUGCAUUGAAACAGUGGAACGGCAGAAAUAAUCCAAAUUUCUCAUUUGCGUUCAAGAUUUUAACGACAUGCUGACCUCUGCACAUUGAAGACUUUGUGUAACUCCUGAAGUGGUAUAGUUGACAUUUGUUCUAUCCUCCUCUUAUGUCCAAAAAAUUGUGGAGGAGAAGGAUGGCAAUCAUUUCUGACUACUUUUGGAACUGAUACAGUUCUUAUGGAGGACACUGGUGAAGAAUUUGUUCAUCUUGGGAGGAACAGACCUUGAGUGACGUUGCAAGAACAAAGGCACAGAAUCACAGAAUGGCCCAAGAUUUCUCACAUUUUAAACAUACAGUGUUCUCUAACUAGCUGAACAGGAAUGUUGAAAAUGGUUGAUAAAUUACCAAGGCCAUGGGGAAGCUGUUUAACUUACAGUAUCAUAUAUAAUUAUAAGCUGGAAGUCUUCAAAAGCUUUGUGAGGUUAACAAUAUCCAAGAAAGGGUGUGACAGAUAAGGUUGAUCCUGAGAAAGCAAGAUUGGUAAAUGAGAAGAAACUUGAUUUGGAACCAAGUUUGUGGUACUCAACAAGAGAAGAUCAACUGAACCCCUUGCACUGAAAUCCAAGCAUGAGUAACUACAGUUGCACCGCACACACUGUGCAAUAGACGACAGAUGUCUUCAAAUAAUUUCAGAAGGCUUAGGGAUGACGAGUGUGGUUUAUGUGAAUUUGUGCCUCUUUUGGGAACUUGGUGUCCCUUGAAUCACUGCAGUUAUGUUUUGACAUGAAAACGAAAGAGUACUCCAGAAGGAUUAACGAUAAAUUGUCAAGAGCAAGUAAGGUUUUUCGUGGGGUGUGCAUUUAGAGAUGUGAGUAAACAGACCUGAAUCAUCAUCUAUUAGCUGCCUAGCUUGUCGAAGAGGAAGGUCGGGGAGCCCAAUAAGGAGGAAAAUGUUACUCUUAGACCUGCAGUCAGAGAUGAAGAGAAAUUUUUUGGUGUCGGUGCUCAUAUUUAUGCAUCCACUCCUUUAGUGAUCCCUUCAUUUGUGUGAUGGACUUGCAAAUGCUGCCAGGCAUGCUUGCAGCACAGCAUGUAUCUACAUAUAGAGCUCAGGGCUGCUAGUCCAGGUGCUGAAUCAGCAAUGAGAGCACUUGAUCUUGCUGACAUGCCCAAUUUCCACCAACUGUAGCCACAGAAAGCUUGGCUGGCACUCUGGGACAUAUAUAGAAAGUUGAUAUUUCUUAAAUGUGAGGUUUCAGAUGUUUCUCUCAUUUCUCAUACAUUUGUGUUUGGUUGGAGGUGAAACCAAUUCUGUCUCAAAGUUUUCUCACAUCCCAAAUGUCAAAAUUGAUCGCAAAACUGUACAAAAAGAUGGAGUUUGGAUUUGAUCACCCAUCCCCCCCCCCCCCCCCCCCCCUUGGGUUUUCUUAGGUGCAGAAGAUAUUGAUUGCAAUGAAACAGUGGAACGGCAGAAAUGAUCUGAAAGUCUCAUUUGAGUUCACGUUCAAGACUUUUGUGUCAUGCUGACUUUUGUGUAGUAUGGCAGAUUGAAGACUUUGUGCAACUCCGUUUAAUGUGUCGGGGAAUUUCAUAUUCUCAGAUAUCAUCAUUCCUCUCUUUAAAAGCUCAAGAUCUCCAUGGAAUAUUUGAAAGGUGGAAGCAUGGAAUCUCAUCGGAUGUGACCCCUUUGCUGUAGGCCAAAUUGAAGUCUCUUCUUUCUUUUCACUCAGUUCAUUAUGUUGAGGAUUUGACAUCCUUAAUUAAGAAACAUCGAUUCAAUUCAUCAAUCACUUCUACCGUUCGUAAUACUCCAGCUUCUGAAGAGCGGUUGAAGAUUUUCGCCUCAUUGAAAUAGUGGAACAGCAGAAAUGAUCCAAAAGUCUCAUUUGAUUUCACGUUCAAGAUUUUUGUGUCAUGCUGAACUUUGUGUACUAUGGCAUAUUGAAGACUUUGUGAAACUCUGUUUAAUGUAGUGGGGAUAUUCAUAUUAUCAUCCAGUCAUAUCAUUCUCCAUGAUAUCAUCAUUCCUCUUCUUCAUCGAUACUGCCAUUUUUCAUAAUAAUGCUCCAACUCCUGAAAAGGACAACUGAAAAGAGGAGAUGUUCCUCGAAGAAAUGCUGAAUGCCUACUACCAGAUCCAAAUCUGGAAUGCUUGUAUGUUGGAAACUACAAUGCCACCAAAUUAAUGCCCCAUUGUCUCUGAAUAAUUCGAAAAGACUUGAGUUCUCAUGUUGGGGGUAUAUAUAAAGUCUUGCCUCUUUUUGUUUUGGGAACAUGGUGUAGUCCUUUGACUUGGUGCAAUAUUUGAAGAUGUUUGUUGUGAAACAGGAGUGGAAAGAGUGGGAAGGAAUGGCAGCUGGGUCUGGGUGGAGUGGAGAGGUUGAUUCUCAAAUUAAAGACACCUCUGCAAAAUUUGAGGAUUAUAUCUUGCCCAAUUCCUAGGCAAAGGUGCGGAAAAAGAGGAAACAAGAAGUGGCUCAACAUCUCUCACAUCCCAAACAUCCAAAUUGAUAAUGAGUUUGUACAAAGAGACAGAGUUUGGAAUACUUUGGAUCCUACAAGAAGCUGGUGAAACACUGAAACUUGCCCUUAAUUGCUUCAUCAUCAACUCAUACAUCUUGUUCUUUCUGGUGAUUAAUUUAUAUAAAUUAUUUUCAAAAUUUAUUGAUUUAUUUCCAUUUCUUUAUUUUUUAUUUUUAUUCAGUAGUACUUGCUACAUACAUGUCUGAAUAGUUGCGCCUCGUAUUUUAUACUUCUUUAGAUUCUGUUCAUGUUAGGUUUCUUUAUGUCCGAAAUGUUGUGGAAGAGAUCAUUUCUGACUAGUUUUGGAAGUGCCACAAUUCUUAUGGAAGACUUUGGUGAAGAAUUUGUUCAUCUUGAGAGGAACAGAUCUCCAGUGAAGUGGCAAGAACAGAGGCAUGGAAUCACAGAAUGGCCCCAGAUUUCUCACAUUCUGAACAUCGUGUUCUCUAGCUAGCUGAACAGUACUCCAGAAGGAUUAAUGAUUAAUGGUGAAGAGCAAGCAAGGUUUUUCUAGGGGUGCAUUCAGAGAUGUGAAUAGACAGACCCAAAUCAUUAGCUAUUAGCUGCCUUGUCAAAAGGAAGGUCAGGGUGCCCAACAGGGAGGAAAAUGUACUCUUGGACCUCCUGUAACAGAUGGAGUGAACUUUUCAUGCUCAUAGUUAUGCCACACCAUGCGUGCUUGCAGCACAAGAUGUAUCUACGGGGUGCUAGGUGCUUGGAAUGAGUCCUUUGCAUAUAAAGCUCAAGGCUGCUGGUCCAUGUGCAGAGUCAGCAAUGAGAGCACUUGCUCAUGCUGACAUGACCAACCAACAGUACCCACAGAAAGCUUGUCUGGCAGAAGAGGACAUAUAUAGAAGUUUGAGAUUUCUCAAAUGUGAGGUGGGAGAUCAUGCUGUCAUUUCUCAUACAUUUGGGCUUAUCAUCAACUUAUCAUCAGUACCUCAAGUAAUGAUCCUAUGGUAAUACUAGUUUAAGGGCUUGAAAUGCAGUUUCUGAUUGUCAAAUCCAAAUGUGACUGAUGGACUUCGAUUAAUAAGACUUUUGAGACACAAAACGAAUUCUCGCAGGAGUGCGAAAAUGGUUUCUUAGUCAGAGGAAGUUCUGCCUGUCUAAUUUGAUGUAUAUGUUCCAAUCAGUUUUAGCAAUAUUCUCACAUUAUACAGAUAUAUAUUAUAUUAUAUAUUUUAUGUUCUCUA